GUACAAUACAUGAACAGUGUUUGUACCAUCUCAAGAUUCCCUUCCUUAAAAUCAUUGGCCCCAUUCUCUGUUCCUUUUCACGUGCCGUUUAUUACACUCUCAGACUCACUCCAUCCAUGCUUCCCCACGCAUUUCUAUCCUCUUUCUAGUCAUGCAUGGUAGAGUAGAGAUGGUAGCAACAAACAUGUUGGAUGAAGGAGUAUCAAAGCAGUUUGAGUUUCAGCCAUUGACGAUGACUACUACUACUACUAGUCUUCUUCAUGAUCAAUUCUCACUUCAAGCUCAAUCUAAUAACCUCUUCUACCCAUCAAUAUUAUCAUCAUUGCCGCACCAAUCUUCUAAACAACAUCACAAUCACACCACCACCACCUUUAAUUCUUCAUUUAACUUCCAUCCUUUACCACCAUCACACUUGAUCGAUUCCGAAUGGACUAACGACGAACUUCUUGCACUCUUCAAAAUCAGAUCUACCAUUGAUAAUUGCUUCCCAGAUCACCUCACAUGGGACCAUGUCUCAAGGAAGCUUGCAGAAGCUGGGUUUAAGAAGAGUGCUGACAAGUGCAAGGAGAAGUUUGAAGAUGAGAACACAUCAUUAUUGAAGAUCCAUAAUCAUGAUGAUUUUGCUAUUGAGCUUCAAAGUCUGUAUCAAACUUGUUGUGAUGAUGAACCUGAUGAAAAAGAGAAGACUCAUCACGACGAAGAAAAUUCAAGAGAUGACGAUAACAUUGACAUUGUAGUGACCAAACAAUUUAACGACAAGGUGGUGAUGGAAAAAUCAAAGGUUGACAGAAACAGAAAGAGGAAGAGUCGGCGGCGCGAGAGAUUUGAAAUGCUGAAGUGUUUCUGCGAGAAUGUGGUGAACAAAAUGAUGGCACAACAAGAAGAAACACACAAUAAGCUAAUUCAAGACAUGCUCAAAAGAGAUCAAGAAAAGCUUGCCAGAGAAGAAGAAUGGAAAAAGCAAGAAACCGAAAGGAUGAACAUGAUGACACAAGAACAAGCUGUUUCAAAUCAUAGACAAGCCACCAUAAUUGAUUUCUUGAAAAACCAUCUUUCCACAAAUGAAAACAACAUCGUCAACAACAAAACUACAAAAGCACGUUCUUCUUCUCAACAAUCGCACCCACAAAACCCUAGCUCGAGCGAAACAGCAUUACUAGUAGUUCCUUCAACUUGUUCCAAUAACAACAAUGAUAACAACAGAAAGAAUCCAGUGUUAGAGGACAAGAGAAGGUGGCCAAGAGAUGAAGUGUUGGCACUGAUAAACCUCAAGUGUACUACAAGUGCAAUGAACAGAAGGAUGAACAAGAAGGAAAAAAACAGUGAUAACAACAAGGGACCUGUGUGGGAGAGAAUCUCUGAAGGGAUGUCAGAGUUGGGGUACAAGAGAAGUGCAAAGAGGUGUAAAGAGAAAUGGGAAAACAUAAACAAGUAUUUUAGAAAAACAAAGGACGGUGUUGUGAAUAAGAAGAAAAGGAGAAUGGAUUCAAGGACUUGUCCUUAUUUUUAUCAACUAACUUCUUUGUAUAAUCAGCAGCAGCAGCAUGGAAAAGUGAUUGCUCCUCAAAAUCAAUUAACAUUCAAUUCAGCUGGCCAAGUUGAUGAUCAACAUCAACCCCAAGUUCAAUCUUAUGAUUUUUCAUAGUGGAGUUUCGUGUGCUAUAAUUGAGAAAAUGUAUUUUUGAAGUAUCUUCAUUUUAUCACAUGCACGCUUUAUUUCUAUUUUUUUUUCCACCACCAGGAUCCGAUCUAUUGAACCGAUUAAUCUUAUUUGGGAUCAAUUAUAAUAUCAAGUGGUUCUAGAUCC